AAUCGAUUUUCCUCAGUUGAAGCCGACAAGCCGAGCCGAAAACUUAAAAAAAAAAACUGAAUUAAUAUUUCGAGUUUUAUUUUACAAGUGCAAUAAGAUAAAGUGACAAGUGCAAUGUCGGUCUUCGACAAUCCCGACCAGCUGCGGCAGCUGCAGAACCUUCUGAAUCCCCGGCAGACUCGUGCCGGCAUCGACUGCAGCAGCAGCGAGGAUGAGGAGGAGUCCUUGGUGGUCCACAAGCUAACACCUGGCAGCAUUGGUCCUCAGGCGCCAACGGCAGCAGGAUCGUCCGCUCAGGCGAAGGCCAAGAAAAAGAAAAAGCCCAAUCCAUUGGCCACUCCCCUGGUGGAGGAGCAAAAGAAGCAGCCCGAUACCCUCGAGGAGUGGCAAGAACAGCAGGAACGUGAGGACACUGAUAUUCUGGAGACGAGAAGGUGUCCAGAAUACACCAUGACCUACAGCCAGGCCGUGGGCACUGAAGAUGUCUUCCUGCAGAUGGGCAAUCGCACCGGCUCGUCCGCCAGCUGCGAAGACCUUAUUCUGGACAUUCAUCUGCCCGAUGAGGAGACGACAGUCGACAAGAUCAUGCUGACUCUGGAGGAAACGGAUCUGGAUCUGGCCACCGCCCUCUAUCGCCUCCACCUGCCUCUGCCCCAUCCCGUGGACGUGGAUCGAUGUCAGGCCAAGUACAGCACGGAGUUUCGGAAACUGCGCCUGACGCUUCGCUUGCGUCGGGAGCUCGAUUAUGUCAACUUUUAGACAUAGAACAUAGAGUACACACGAUACACAACACAACACAUGAUACACGCUACACGCUACACGCUACACGCUACACGAUACACGCUGCUCGAUGAACAACACGACAGAAAUUCCAUUUCCCUCAACAUUUUCUACACUGCCCCAAGUUGUCUCUUUUCUGCCCCUUCCACUCCCCUCUGCUGUUGGUACACAACUUCGAUUGCAAUCGCAGCAUUCUAGCACCCGGCAGCGACGAGUCCUUUUCAAACGCGACCUUUGAAUUAAUUUAACCUUUCGCAACCCAUCCAAAUCGAACAAAAUUUGAUGUGCUCGUUGAGCAAACGUGAAAGCCAAAAUUAAAAUUGUGGAAUAAAAAUUACUAAAAUGUGA